AUGGCUUCAGCUUCGGCUGCCGCAAGGCUAUGUGUUUUGGCGUGCCGCAGGGCGCCCCGGCUUCAACAGAUCCCCCGCUCCCAGCAGAUCAUUCGGCAAAGAUCCGUCCCCCAGCGGGCAUUCGGCACCUCGACGAUAAGAUGGGCGCGUGAGCGGGAGCAGCAGGAGCAGGAGGGUGAGGAGGAAGAGGAGGAUCUCGGGCCAAUUGAGCUCAAGAAGCUCGAGGCUGCGAUUGCAGAGGCCGCCACCCCAGAGGGCAUGAAGCAGUUGGAUGAACUGGCCAAGGAGAACGGCUACAACACGAUCGACGAGUACCUGGAGACCGAGCUGGAGCGCAGGCCUGGUUGGGCCUCGGAAGACAGGUCCCUUCAGGAUGAGAUAAUGAAGGAUGACCGGGGAGAGAGGCCGAACAGGCAGUCAUUCUGGUUCGACGAAGAGGAUCCCGAGACCAACACCGAGGAGCUGGAGGAGUUUGAUGAGGACGACAUUACUUCCAUGGCGCACGGAAAGCUCGACCAGAUCCGAGAGAUGCGACAAUAUGACAGAUUGGCCGUCUGGGAGUUGCCCCUCCUCUCAAAACUCGCCAAGCCAUUCGUCCCUCCUACCGAUAACCAGGUCCUCCGAUGGAGGUACACAUCCUACAUGGGUGAAUUCCACCCCGCCGAGAAGAAGGUGGUGGUGCAGUUCGCCCCCGACGAUCUGAAGCUCACGCCCGUGCAAACCGAGAAGCUCAAGAAGCUGGCCGGACCCCGGUACAACCCGGAGAUGGAGAUCAUCAAGAUGAGCUGCGAGAGCUUCGAGCACCAGGCGCAGAACAAGCGUUACCUGUCGAACCUGGUGGACGACCUCAUCGCCGCGGCCAAGGACCCCAAGGAGACGUUCGAGGACAUCCCCCUCGACACCCGGCACCACGAGUUCAAGCCCAAGCCGCGCUUCCCUAAGGAGUGGCGCAUGUCGCCCGAGCGCCGCAAGGAGCUCGACGAGUAUCGCCAGCGUGCGGCCAUCGAGGAUGUGCAGCGGGCCGAGGGCGGGCUGCUGGUGGACGGCACCCAGGCCAUCGACGACUACCUGAUGAAGAAGACCCUGGAGGACCAGAAGAAGCAAAAGGUUGCCGAGCUCGUCGCCGCGCCCGUGAAGAGCGCCGGCGGCAGCCGGGCGAGGAGGUAA